GUGGGCGCGAACACCGCGAGCAACAAGAUGACGCCGUACGUGUUCUCGCGCACGCACGGCGGCGUGCACAUCAUUGACAUCGGGAAGACGUUCGACAAGAUCCACCUGGCGGCGCGCAUCUUCGCGGCGGUCAAGAACCCGAGCAACGUGUGCGUGGUCGGAGGGCAGGAGUACGCGGCGCGCGCCGUAAUGCGCUUCUGCCAGCUGACCGGCGCGGUCGCAGCUCCGACGCACUGGGUGCCCGGCACGCUGACGAACCAGAUCACGCGGCAGUUCAUGGAGCCGCGGCUGCUGAUCGUGUGCGACCCGAAGAUGGAUGCGCAGGCGGUGCGCGAGUGCGCGUACAGCAACAUCACUGUGGUGGCGUUCUGCAACACGAACGACAGCCUGAGCUACGUAGACGUGGCGAUCCCGCUGAACCACACGAGCCAAAAGGCACUCGCGCUGGGGCUCUGGGCGCUCGCGCGCGAGAUCAUCCGCGUGAGCGGCUCGCUGCUGCGCAACGAGAACUGGGAC